AUGCUCGGCUCCAACACACGUACGCAGCGCUCCGUCUCUUCUGUACAGGUCAGGGGUUCUAAGAUUUUUUUCAGAUUAUAUUCAAUUUUUUUGUACUGUGAGAUAUGAACUCGCAUGCUGAGCAGGGUAACCCCGCCGUGCUAACACGGGGUCUCCGCGGGUGCCCCCGUAUUAAACCCGUAUAAGCCCAGCUGAUAGAACUUUUGGCACUUUUUAGCCCAACUGAGACCCCGCUUUAGCCCAGCUGGGUUACAUUUUUUUUUUACACCCGUUGUUCCCCCGUUUUAGCCCAACUGAGACUAAAAUAACCUCAGAAACACGGGUUUAAUACGGGUACACCCGUUGAGACACCUGCUCAGCAUGCGAGAAUAUCACUUUUUUUUUCAAAGUUCAAGAAGUAAGUCAACAAAACUUUCAUGUUCACUAACUCCAAAUCCAAAGCUAAUGCGCUAAAGGUAGCACCUAUGGAAAGCGUACAUUUUUUUUCAAGGAAUGGUACAGAAGUUCGAAUAAUUUUCUCUUCUUCGAAGGAUAGAAAGAAAAUUACUAAUUUAAUUUAAUUCUCACUUUUUUUUGAUAUACUCAAUCUUUUAAUAACCGAAUUUUCUCCCUAAGUCGACUAUUCUUAAUCUUCGAAAAAAUAGAAAAUUUUCGAGUGAAUUGUCGGCUGGAAGACUUAUGAGUGAAUAAUGGAUAUGCAUAAAUUGUUGUCUUUCAGCUGCCCGCCGAGUUCAUUGCGUCGGCCUCUGCCGCUCCGCAUUUCAACUAUUUGACGAAAGAUUUUGUAAUAGAUUUGCGGCGGAAAGAAAACAAGGAAACGCCACAAGAUAAUGGAGAUGAAAGAAGGGGCGUCAGCAAAACUGGGGUAAAGAAAUGAGUCCGUCUGCAUGAACAGUUCGUGCGUGCUAAUUAGAAGGGGGAAUUCACGGCUUGCGUCAUGUUGUUAUAGGGUUCUAUAUAUUCAUGAAAUUUUGAAUGAAGUUCAAUAGUACUCAGCCUUCUCCAUUCGAAAGAAGCUGCAUGAAAGUUCAGUUUUAAUUUUUCUCCUUUCCAAAUAUAUUACAGUUUUCACGCUUUAAAAUUCAUUCACCUUUUAAUUUUACGAAUUCAAAAUGCUCAUGCAUACUCCGUCAGGAAGGAUUAUUUCGAAGGGAGAAUAGGUUUUUUUUUUUCUGGUUGCAAAAAAAUUGGGAGAUAUAUUGACGGGUGCCAGUUUUUUGAUUCAAUUUGCUUGCAGCUCAAGGAUCUUUUGCACCAAAGAUGGGAAGCUGCGAAAAAGUUCGAUGCAUUCAAUUACUCGCUCAACUGCAUGUAUCGUUGUCUCGACGGCCAGUAUGAGUUGUCCAUGCAGGUUUUUAGACCUGUUCUUAGAUCUCCUCUGAAUUUUCUCAUAUUUCGAGUUCCUGCAGUUUUUCAUAAGUUUUUUGACAGUAUCUCUUGAGAAUAUUUCCGCACGAAGCUGAACAAAUUUGAUUUGUUUGACAUCCUGUCGCAUUCAAUCUCAGCGGUACUCGUGGAAUCUUUCCCUAUUUUUUGACAUGGAUUACUUUUAUUCGUCCGAUUCUUCGAGUGAAGUUCUAGAAACGUUCAUAUUCCUACGGAGAGUUCAGUUUCUUCGACACGAAAUCAAUAAAAAAGAGUUAGCCCGAAUAGAUUAAAUUAUAACUAAUCCACUGAAAGUUAGAGAAAAGGAUGAAGAGACUUCCUUCCGUGCAUCAAAUCUAGUUUUCUACGAAUUUUUAUUUAUUUAUUGAGCUUUCCCACUGUCUUCGUUGCAGCUCAAUAUUGAACGAGGCGAUUUACGUAGGAAACCGAUGCACUUCAAAAAUAUCAAAGAGCCUUUCAAUAGCCAUCGUUUCAAUUUCACGAAGCUGAAUGAUCGAGAGGUCGGCUUCUCAGAAAUAAAGAAGGAUUCAUGUGUUUGAGGUGAUGAUGUACCUUAAAUGCGAAGACGAUCCGCUGAGCGACGAUCCCCUCGACCGUCAUCUGGUGGCCGUCAACGCGAGUCCCCUGGAGAGGGACCACAGUCUCAUUAUCCCUUCUGUUAACAAGUGUCUUCCUCAGGUCAGUGAGUUUCAAAGCUCAAUCCUAGUAUUUUUCUCUAUUCUACUCGAACUCAGAAGGAAAGUGUGUGAACAUCGCAGAUCUGGUCCAAACGUCUGUGGUAGAUAGUCCUAGGUAGGAGUACUCGAACAUAAAAAGAAAUAUCUGCCAAGCGCGAUAGGGUACUGAGUAAUAGACUGUCGAAAACGCACGGAAAAGGCUCAAAAACUGAUUUUUUUUUUCGGUUUUUUAUUCUAAAACGUCUACUGAUAUUCACUAUAUCAUAAGUAACACGAGAAAGAAACUUUUCCCAGAAAAAAACUCAACGGAAAUUCGCUUUUGAGCCUGUCUUGUACAUUUUCGACACCCUGUUUCUCAGUACCCUUGGACGCCUCGUAAAUCAUUUUUUUUUUGUUUUGGAAUACUCAUAACCUGUACUGUCUACCACAGAGGUUUGAACCAUAUCCGCGAUUCUCACCUCACACACUUCCCUCGUCAGUGUCGUUUUUAUUCAUUUUUGACUUGAAAUGAGCGAAUGAUGGCUGUCGGAGCUGGCUUUUGCGCGUUUUUUUUUUCAGCUUAACUUUUUGAAAUGGUCUAUUUGAGACGCUUCGAAUAGGAAAAAUAUAUAUAAUGAAAAUAAUUGAACAUACAUUAAAAAGAGAAAUAUUGAUUUGAGCGAUGGUAUGAGAUCUUGGGGACUAAAAUUUUCUCGGAAAUUGAAGAUUCCGUGUAUUUACUUCACUCGAAGUGGUAGCUCUCUCAGUCGGCCAAGGCUACCCUAGAGUAUACACGGAGUCCGUGCCCGAGCCCCACCAUCGCCGCCGUGCCCGUACCCGCGAAACUGAAAGAUCUACUUGUGGAACGAGGCGAAGGACCGUAAGACCCUUGCUUUCAAUUCAAUCGACUACACGUUUUGACUUCUUUUUCGCCAAAGGCGGUGUUAGUGCCGCUCAAAAGAGCAAUUUUUUCAGCGCCUAGUCGAUAUCAUCUGACUAAAACAACCAAUAAAUAUUGUAUUGUAUUGUAUGGAAGUUUUAGCGCAUUGAGUUUUAGCGCCAAAUUAUUAAGUUUAAUAAAAUCAAAUGGACAAUCUAGAUAAUGGAGAAAGCGAUUUUUCAACGAAAGAUCUAUUUCAGAAACGAAACACGUUUGUUACUGUAGAGAUAAAACAGUAAUAAGAAAGAUUGAGGUUCUGACGCCGUUAGCUGUGCGGUUAGCAGUAGACCUGAUGCUCCUGGCCCAGGACGACGGCUUCCACGUUCUCUUCAACAGUCUUCUGGGUCAGGCCUCGGUGAAUCAUCUGCAUCUGCACUGCCUCUACUGGCCAUACGACAGCGACCUCAUCAACAGAGUUUUUCUUUCGUUGCUUCCUUCGGACACUACGAACCUCCAGAAGCACGAGUCACUGCACGACGUCGAAAACGCCUAUGUCAUUAGACCGCCUCGUUGGCUCUGCAGCGCUUUUGUUUUUCAGUUGACAGACGUCAACCUGUACUCGAAAUUCAAAGAGUGACUAAUUCCGGUAGUUGGUAAAAUCCUUUUUUCCGAUUCCAGGAACAUCUUUAAGUGUGUAGAGUAUUUGACGACGCAAAAUCAAGCACAUAACUUGUUCUUCACACGAGCUCAGCCAAUUAGGUAGACUUAUUGACAAGAGAUCGUUCAUCGAUUUCUUCAGAGUGACUGGUCCUGACCGAGAAGAAGAUCGAAAAGGACUUCGUCCCCAAUACGUCACCGCCUACAUCUUCCCCAGGACUAACAUGAUAGGUUCGUCAAAAGACGAAAAAACUCUUUCACCAAAAAAAUUUUUUUUGAUUUUCAGGAGCCAAACCACCUAACAACUUUAACCCGGCGGCCAAUGAACUUGCAGGCAACCUCACGGCUUACAGUAAGUUUAACUUUUCUCAUUAAGUUGAAGUAAUGGAAAAUCAUAUAACCAAAAAUCUAUGAGCUAAGGAAAGGUGAUUGAUUUCAAAAAGAAAAAAAAACGUUGCCUGAGAUCCUUUUUUGAUAUAGUCAUUAGCGAGUUUGAAACUUUCAGCGAUUCGAUUUUUCGAAGCCGCGACAGAACAAGCUGUAGUACGAAUAAUCGAAGAAGAGGCUUCUUUGGCCGACGACGUUUUCCAGAACGUUGUUUUUGCAGUUUUACAUCAAAUAAUCCAAUAGUUCAGCUCUGCUUUGACCUCGCGGACAUUUUAUCAGCGCGGCCGCUUGGAACUUCGCGACCUUCCAAAAAUAGUCUUCUGGAGGUGAGAGCGGGUUUUGCGGCGUGGUCGACUUUGCGACUGCAGGGCCUGACGUCUCCAGAGAUCGACGAGCUCCGUGACUCCUUUCAGUCUUUCAUGCCGCGGUCGCCGACCAUUCGCGACCGCAAAGACCGCACUCAAUCGGCGCCUGAACGCGUUCAGUUCCAUGUUUCAUAG